CGUAGUCAACUUCCUCAUUUCGCGCAUGUAAGCGUGAUUGUAGGUCACUGUUGGUCCACCUGCGUUGAGUUAUUGCAUCACAGUGAGUUUAUAAAGAUGUUGCUUCUGUCAAACAGGAUAAAGUUUUGCUCUUUAGCGUUUACAGCCGCACGUCUGUACAGCAGCGGCCCAGCAGCAGCGAACAAAAACCCGCUGGUGUACUUUGACAUUGCCGCUGACAACGAGCCUCUUGGCAGAGUUACCUUCGAGCUCAAUGCAGAAGUCGUGCCCAAAACUGCAGAAAACUUCCGAGCGCUGUGCACAGGAGAGCAUGGCUUUGGUUAUAAAGGUUCAAUUUUCCACAGAGUGAUCCCUCAGUUUAUGUGCCAGGGUGGAGACUUCACGAACCACAAUGGAACUGGAGGAAAAUCGAUCUAUGGAAGGAAGUUUCCCGACGAGAACUUCCAGCUGAAGCACACUGGGCCAGGUAUCUUGUCCAUGGCUAAUGCUGGACCAAACACCAACGGAUCCCAGUUCUUCAUCUGCACAGCUAAAACAGAAUGGCUGGAUGGCAAGCAUGUUGUCUUUGGCAGCGUGGAGGAGGGAAUGGAUGUAGUCAAGAGAGUGGAGUCUUACGGUUCACGGACUGGGCGAACCUCCAAGAAGAUCACUAUCACAGACUGUGGACAGCUCGACUAGACUCCGUGUGGACGUGUUCGUAGUCUCAUCUCCUGCUGUAAUUUCAAUAAAUGCAAGAGUGAAAGAGGGUCUUUCUUCAGUCAGCGAACAGGGCGCUAUCUCUGUUUGCUGACAGUAGAUCAUUUCAGAACAUUUUUUGUUUAGGUUUUUGUGCUUAAAUGCUGUAUUACUUCAGGUAAUGGCCAACACACAUGUGUUUGCUUUAAAUGUGAACUUGAUGCAUCAAAAAUAAUGAAUGAUCCUAAUAUGUGACAAAGCUCUGUGAAUUU